AUGGCUACUGAUAUCGGCACCUUAGAGAAAAGGUACUUCGAUGUAUGCAAGAAGCAAGGAAUUCUGCCAAAUAAAGCAAUUCUGGCUGAAGUAUUUAAGGCUAAGCUCAAGAAAGCACGUCAUGAGGUUUCCAGCCUUGUGGUUUUGUUGGACGACUUGAAGGAUGUUGAUUUCUACCCACUUCUUGAUCUAUUGAUGGAAAUUGAUUCUUCGGAGAUUGAUGCAGUUGACAUGAUAAAUAGAUCUUCUUGUGCACUGAGUGGGGAACGCGUUUCAUCAUUGCUGCGUGCUGUCAACAAAAAGCUUCGAGUUGUUGAUAUCAGGGACAUCUCAUUUGGAAAGGGUUUCUUGCUGGAUCUUUCUCAACAAGGCUUAACGUGCCAAGUGCUAAACCUAAGGUCCUCCCAUUUUCGGAAACUCAAUAUGGUUGGGAAAUUUGUUCAGAUGCACACACUUAACCUGGAUUUCAGUGCUUCACUUACAAGUUUUCGAGAGGAUUGUUUUGCCUGUAUGCCAAAUCUCAAAUCCCUUUCUUUGUGUGAGACAAGAAUUGCAAAUCUGUGGACAACUAGUGCAGCACUAUCCAAACUCCCCUCGCUGGUUGAACUUCGAUUUCAAAAUUGUUUGUUAUGCAGUGACACAGGGAGCUCUCCUGUGUCAUCCUGGAAUAAAGUAAAUGAAGACAUUGAUUCAGGUCAUAGGGACUUUGGCCUUUACAUUGAAUUACCAUCGCUCUAUGGUGAAGCAAUCCCAUAUUUACCCUCGGGCAUAGAAUUUGAAGAUGUGAAUGAUUAUGAGGCAAAUCAUGAUCAUCGAAGCACUACUGAAGAUUCUUCAGAUGACAGUGAAGUUGACUUUUCAGGUCAUCGUCAGGACUUCGGUUUGGUGGAGCUGUUGCCUGAUAUACCAUCUGGUUGGAAUGAGCUGGUUGAUCAGCAGAAUGAGAUCUCUUUUGGCACACUGGACAUGCAAGAUGAAGAUCAAUUCACUCCCGGGUCAUCCAACUCUAGGCACAUGUCUUACACUGCCUCAAAGAAAUAUGUUUCUCAUCAUCCAUCACCAAUCUGUUAUGAGAAACACUACAGAGAUUACAUGAUAGCUUCAUUACCAAACCUUAAAAUUCUUGAUAAUUUGCACAUUCAAAAGGUUGACAGGGAAACAGCCAAUGAUAUCUUCAGGCGCCAUUUUGAAUACCUACCAUACAACAUGAAUAAUAAAGAGAGCGUGGUUAGUAUUCUGCAGAAGCGUGAAGUAAGAGCAAACCCUACUCGUACACACACCUCGAAGAAAAAGUUAUCUUAUGCAUCCAGAAAGUCUCAACAUUUCUAUUCUAGAUCAUUAUCUGCUGCAAAAGUGGGAUCUUCCACGUGGCCUACCUUACGCCCUCUUUCUAUUUUGAGUAGUGUAUCAAGAGAUGAAAGGAGAAGUUUUCGUCCCAGGCAGUUUGAGUACCAUCCAUCUGAAUCGAGCCUUAUGGUUUUUGGGACCUUGGAUGGCGAAGUGGUUAUUGUAAACCAUGAGAGUGAGAAGAUUGUUAGUUACAUUCCGUCACUUGGAGCUAUGAAUAGUGUGCUGGGAUUAUGUUGGCUCAAAAAGUAUCCUUCGAAGCUCAUUGCAGGUUCAGAUAAUGGUUCACUUAGAUUGUACGAUGUACAAAAUAUACCUACAAUUAGCAGAGGCAUUUACCACGUUCCUCCUGUUACCUUUGACGAGUUUGAUCAGUUGACAUCUGUUCAUGUCAACUCAACAGAUGAACUGUUUCUUGCAAGUGGAUACUCCAGACAUGUUGCUUUAUAUGAUAUUAGCAGUGGAAGACGCUUGCAGGUUUUUGCUGAUAUGCAUCGUGAACAUAUUAAUGUCGUUAAGUUUUCGAACCAUUCCCCAUCUCUCUUCGCGACUUCAUCGUUUGAUCAGGAUGUUAAGUUGUGGGAUUUGAGACAGAAACCAAAUCAGCCUUGUUAUACUGCUUCAAGCUCUCGAGGGAAUGUGAUGGUUUGCUUUUCUCCAGAUGAUCAUUUUCUUCUUGUUUCAGCCAUUGACAAUGAGGUUAAACAACUGUUGGCAGUUGAUGGAAGACUUCAUCUGGACUUUGCUAUAGCUUCAACUGGAAGUUCGCAGAACUACACUCGGUCUUAUUACAUGAAUGGAAGGGAUUAUGUUAUAAGUGGAAGUUGUGAUGAACAUGUAGUUCGUAUUUGCUGUGCUCGUACAGGGAGGCGGUUGAAGGAUGUAUCAUUGGAGGGUAAAGGUUCGGGGACAUCAAUGUUUGUGCAAUCUUUGCGUGGAGAUCCCUUCAGAGAUUUCAACUUGAGUAUUUUGGCAGCUUAUAUACGUCCAAGCUCAAAUUCGGAAAUUGUGAAGGUUAAUCUUCUGGAAUCGAGUGACCAUUAUAAAGUACAUUCUAACACUCAGCAACCUCACAUUAUCAAUGGUCUCGGCGGUUAA